AUGGAAGACUUGAAAGCUCCCAAGCGAUUCUUCCACCAGUCUUGCUCGUUCAGCAUCAGCAGCCUGCUGCGGGAACGAGAGGCGGCGAUGGCUGAGCGCGGUUCCCCUUCUCCGUCCCAAAAAGCGCGCUUGCCCUCCGCACGCGCGCAAGAGGACUUUGAUGACUCAAAACAGGGUGCGGGUCGAGAGGGGAAUACAGGAACUUUCAAGAAAACACUGGAGGAAGGCGUUAAAGUCGAGAAACCACCUUUCAGCUAUAACGCGCUCAUCAUGAUGGCGAUCCGCCAGAGUCCGGAGCGCCGGCUCUCACUCAGCGGCAUCUACGAGUUCAUCAUGAACAACUUCCCCUACUACCGCCAGAACAGACAAGGCUGGCAGAACUCCAUCAGGCACAACCUGAGUCUGAACAAGUGCUUCGUUAAGGUUCCGCGCCACUACGACGACCCUGGGAAGGGUAACUACUGGACGCUGGACCCUUGCAGUCACGACGUCUUCAUAGGAGGCACUUCCGGGAAGCUGCGGCGCAGAGCCUCCGCUGCGAGCUCCAAACUUGGUCUGAAAAGAGGAGGGGGUCGACUGAUGCCCCCCAACACCAGCGUUACCUUGGCGAGCUCGUUCUACUGGCCCGUGCCGCCGUUCCUGCCUCUCCAGCCUCCAGUGCGCGCCCAUCUGGGCGCGGGGGCGUACCUAAGCGCCCAGCCUCACUUUUCCAACCACGCCGCAUCGGUGGUCUCACUGCGAGGCCGGCUGGACGCGAGGGCAGCGGCGGCACAAGCAGCAAAGGCGGACGAGCACGCGCAGACGCGCCAGGAUCUGUCCUACAUCGAAGUGAGCUGCGCGCAAACGCGCCGCCAUCCGAUCGGCGCGCCCUGCGCCGCCUUCUCUCCGGCCAUCCCCGCGUGCAGCCUGCCGCUGUCCGAGCCCUUUAACGUGAUCGCCGGACAGGCCAGCUUCUUUUACUCCCAUCAAAUACCGCGCGCGGCCGCUUUCAGCGCGUGUCCGGAGCAGUGCGCCUCUAAGGGCGCACCCGGACACGUUUUAUCCAGGAGCGCUCAUUCAGAGCUCGGAGGAUGCUGCGAGGAGUUGGCAAACUACUGCUCUCAGAUCGGUUCGAGCCGCUCUUAG